GCGCUGCACGCAACAUGGAGGACAGUGACAACUUGUAGAGAAAGCGGUCAUGAAAACAGCGUAAAACGCUCAAUUCUGACCAAAUCGGUCAUUAUUUUCUCUUCAUCAAGCGGCGGGAAUAUUGAAAUUCGGCUGCAGGCGGUCUGAAAUCUGCAGAGGAAGAUGUUCUGUCGCCGGCUGCAUCUGUGGCUUCAGCCUGGGGCUCAGGUUUUCUCUGUUUCCCGGCAGAGUGUCCAUAAGCUUGCUUCACUUCAGAAAGCCACAAUGCUUCCCCGAAAGAAAGUCCAAAGCUUGCUCUAUCCCUUUAGUGAUCUGGAGGCACACCUGCACAGGUCUGUGGACAAGACACAGUUCCAGCUCUUUCAUCCCAGUUUGGAGGAUAUGGUUAAAGCAGAAAAGCUCUUCUGCUCUUCACCGUCUCAUACGAUUGAUUAUUACAUCUCUGCUGAGAGAAUGGACCAGAUUCCUGCACAGAAACAGCCAGAGGUGUGUUUCAUCGGCAGAAGCAACGUGGGAAAGUCGUCUCUCAUCAAAGGUCUGUUCUCUCUGACUCCCGAGGUCGAAGUCCGGGUCUCCAAAACUCCAGGUCACACAAAGAGGAUGAACUUCUUCAGGGUGGGCAAAGCUUUCACCCUCGUUGACAUGCCAGGGUAUGGUCACAGAGCACCCAAAGACUUCGUGGAUAUGGUGGAGCCGUACCUUUACACAAGGGAAAAUCUGGUGAGGACGUUCCUGCUGGUCGAUGGCAGUGUUGGCCUUCAGACGGCUGACAUGAUCGCACUGGAGAUGUGUGAGGAGAUGAGACGUCCAUAUGUGGUGGUGGUGACAAAGAUCGACAAAUGUGGGCGCGGAACACUGCUGACUAACUUACUGAAUCUUCAGGAUGUGGUUAAAACACAGACCACAAGCUGCUUCCCGCAGCCAUUCCUGGUCAGCUCCCUCCAUUUUUUGGGGAUCUACCUCCUGAGAUGCUUCAUCGCUCAUAUAACAGGAAGCGUCAGGUUAAAGGACACGUCUCAAAGCUGACUAGAGGCCAGCGCAGCCUAGCUGGGACGUCCACAACGCGAGAAUGCUGACUGGUGACGUGAGUAUGCCACGCAGCUCCAGACCAAAAGUCCACUGAAGUGUGUGGACAGAGACAGAGACAGAGACGGUG